AUGAGCAUCAUCGCCGCCGUCACCGCCGUGAUGGCCGUGAUUCUGAGCGGCGGCGCAACCGGCGUCGCAGCAAAAGAGGGUUCGGGUGGCGUUUGUAGAGUCUCGGUGACCAUGGGCAGGAAUCUCUCUCGUAUCGGGGCUUUUCCUGGUGACGGUGAGACGAACCCGGACAAUGGCGAGGAUGAGGACGGUGAUGGCGACCCUAGUGUGGGAGACUUUGGCUAA